AUUCCUGUGUUCACAGCGAAUUCGGUCUUUUGUACCCACUGGGGGCGUACUGCGCAACUUGCAAAGCGGUGCGGGAGCGAGGGCGUGUUUCGCAUUCUGGAGGGCGCUGCUGCCAUCAUGGCCAUGCCCGACAAGGACAGCGACAGCGAUGAGGACGAAAAGCGCCAAGACAAGGUGCACACUGUGCACUUGUGGGGUUCUGAACCGUUCCGCGUCGUGAACAUGACGGCCGCGUACCCGGAAAUCUUGCAGUGCAUCUCGCAAGAACUCGGGGAAGACGUUACUUUUGCGCGCUCCCUCGUCAAGCUUCUCUACGUGGUCCGCCAGAGAGCGCCGCCAUGCCCUUCUCUGGAUUCUAAGCUCCUGGACCAGGCGAAGGGGAUAUGGGCACUGCGUGUGGGUCGCAAGCCAGUCGAGGCGUUACGGGCUCACGAGCUCGACUUGUUAGACAGCUUCCUUGCGCGCCCGCGGAUCAUUCGCUGCCGCGUCUGCUAUAAGCCGUGUGACGACGCAAAGUACCGCAUGCGCAGUUCCUGCAAGCAGCACGUGAUCGAGUGCGACAAGUGCCACUUCAAAUGCAACUGCCCGCCCAGGCUGAUGAAAGCUCCGGAACGCUCAAAGGUAGAGACAG